CGUCGCUUCGAACCAAACAUUUCCUCGCAAUCCGCUGCAAUCCCAUCGCCUCGAAGCAUCUCGGCCGAAGCCCUCUCCGCUCUCAUCACAAUGCGUCCUACUCUUGCUCUUCGGGCCUUCCGCCCCACGGCCCGCAUGAUGCGACCCAUCCCCAAGGAGGACCAGGCCGGCCACACCGUCUCCCAGCGCCUUCGCAAGCUCAAGCAGAUGCCCGCUGAGCUGUACCCCCUCUUCGUCGUCGUCGGUUUUGCCCUUGGUGCCGCUGCCUACUCCUGCAGCCGCAAGUUCUUCGUCGACAAGAACCUGCGUCUCUCCCGACAGGGCGCUGCCGCUCGCGCCGCCCAGAGCGAAGGCCACGGCGAGCACUAAAUUUACCAAAAGAUUGUUCAACUUUUUUUUCCGAGAAGCAAUGUUCUCGCCUGUGUCAUCUUUUACCGCGUUUGCUUAGGGUUUCAGAUGGGAGGGGGGAUUCAAAACUGUACAUGUCGAGAACAGUUAGGACAGAGCACCGAUGAGAAACACAGCUUGCAUGUUGUUCUUAAAACUUGGAAUCCCAUUCAUGUAAAAAAGAAUACUGUAUCCCAUGACAUGGUCCCUCUAAACACCGUCGCUAUGCAAAAACAUCCAAGUAAAGCCCAUGUAGCCCUCUUCCAAGUCAAUAUCCAUCCAUAGCCCCUUGGAGGAUCACUCCGGUUUUGGCCCUGCAACAUCCAGCCCCUCGAGGCCUUGCAUAGGAUCCGACGCUGGCUCCUCCAGGUUUGCCUGAUUCGCGACGUCAUCCUCUG